GCUGCAGCUUUCUCAAUGCCUGUCAUCCUCGCUCGAGGUAGCCUUUGGAGGUGAUCUAGGACACUGGGUUCUUUUUCUGAACUGCUCAAAGAAUCCGAAAUCAUGAUGGAGAUGUAUUUAACAGAUCCUGUACUGGAUAAAACUUAAAAGCCAGUUUCUGUUCAUCAUAGUAAAAAAGGUCACCUUGCCCAGCUUGGGGGGAAAAAAAAAAACAACAAGCCAACUCUCAGCUUGUGCUACUGUCUGCUCACAGCUUAGUUCAUGCUAGCCUUUUGUCCUUUCUGUUCCUGCCGAUUGGGGACAUCUGAUUUUAAGGAGAAAUACUGUACUCAUGGUAGAUGAGCAGGAGAAGAACAUGAAAUGUCUCACCUUCUUCUUGAUGCUUCCAGAGACGGUCAAGAACAGGUCUAAGAAAAGCUCGAAGAAAACAACUCCCAGCAGUAGUAGCAGUAAUAGCAACAGCAACAGCAACAGCAAGUUACCCCCAGUGUGUUAUGAAAUAAUUACCUUAAAGACUAAAAAGAAGAAGAAGAUGGCUGCUGAUAUAUUUCCCCGGAAGAAACCUGCCAACUCCAGCAACACCACCGUCCAGCAGUACCACCAGCAAAAUCUCAGUAAUAACAACCUCAUCCCUGCUCCCAACUGGCAAGGACUUUAUCCCACCAUCAGAGAAAGAAAUGCGGUGAUGUUCAAUAAUGAUUUGAUGGCAGAUGUGCAUUUUGUGGUCGGCCCACCAGGCGGGACUCAGCGGUUGCCAGGACACAAAUAUGUUUUAGCUGUUGGGAGUUCUGUGUUUCAUGCAAUGUUUUAUGGAGAACUUGCAGAGGACAAGGAUGAGAUUCGGAUACCAGAUGUUGAACCAGCUGCUUUUCUCGCUAUGCUAAAGUACAUCUACUGCGACGAGAUCGACCUGGCCGCUGACACAGUGCUGGCCACUCUCUAUGCCGCCAAGAAGUACAUCGUGCCGCACCUGGCCCGGGCGUGCGUCACCUUCCUGGAGACCAGCCUGAGUGCCAAGAACGCGUGCGUGCUGCUUUCGCAGAGCUGCCUUUUCGAGGAGCCCGACCUGACCCAGCGCUGUUGGGAGGUGAUCGACGCCCAGGCCGAGUUGGCGCUGCGGUCCGAGGGCUUCUGCGACAUUGACUUCCAGACCCUGGAGAGUAUACUGCGCCGGGAGACCCUCAAUGCCAAAGAGAUCGUGGUUUUCGAGGCGGCCCUCAACUGGGCCGAGGUGGAGUGCCAGCGCCAGGACCUGGCCCUGAGCAUCGAGAACAAGCGCAGGGUGCUGGGCAAGGCGCUCUACCUGAUUCGGAUCCCCACCAUGGCCCUGGACGACUUUGCCAACGGUGCGGCUCAGUCCGGGGUGUUGACCCUCAAUGAGACCAAUGACAUCUUCCUCUGGUACACGGCUGCCAAGAAGCCUGAGCUUCAGUUCGUCAGCCAGGCCCGCAAAGGCCUGGUGCCCCAGCGCUGCCACCGCUUCCAGUCCUGCGCCUACCGCAGCAACCAGUGGCGCUACCGGGGCCGCUGCGACAGCAUCCAGUUCGCCGUGGACAAGAGGGUUUUUGUGGCCGGCUUUGGCCUCUAUGGCUCCAGCUGUGGCUCUGCCGAGUACAGCGCCAAGAUCGAGCUCAAGCGCCAGGGCGUGGUGCUAGGCCAGACCCUGAGCAAGUACUUCUCGGACGGCUCCAGCAGCACCUUCCCGGUGUGGUUCGAGCACCCAGUGCAAAUCGAGCCCGACACUUUCUACACAGCCAGCGUCGUCCUGGAUGGCAACGAGCUCAGUUACUUCGGCCAGGAGGGCAUGACGGAGGUGCAGUGUGGCAAAGUGACUGUCCAGUUCCAGUGUUCUUCAGACAGCACCAAUGGCACCGGGGUGCAAGGGGGACAGAUCCCUGAGCUCAUCUUCUACGCCUGAACAGCAUUGGCAAGCACUCCGGUGCACUGUGGUCAAGUGACCAUUCAGUCCCAGUGUGCCUCAGGCAACCCCAAUGGUACCGGGUUGCAGGGGGACCAGAUCUCUGAGCACAGUGAGCACCCAAGUGCACAUCUGGGCCAUCCUCUGUGGAUAUUUUGCUCUUCUGCAGACAGGUGACCAGCUCGGGGAAUUGUGAUGGAGGAGGCUGUACUGGUUUCUCGUUCUCGUCCAGCUUUGCGUGAUGUACAGGCCAAAAUGCACCGUUCAGCUUUGAGCUAUGUGCUUCGAAGAGCCAAACUUCUCAUGAAGGUCUUAUGGGUUUUAGGGUAUGUCCAUAUACCUGGUGAGAAUUUGGGGCUCUUUGCUCGCUGCCCAUCCCUCGCAAGCCACCUUACAAAAGUUUUCCUUAUCGUUUUUUAAGAAUUUUGGGGGGGAUCACUUUGAAUUUCCUUUAGGGCUUUAUUUUGACAAAUAAAAGUAAAUAGCCUAAGAUAUUGAUGACAAGAGUUAUUUUUGAACAGAACCCUCCCCCUCCCACCAAAACAAAGCAAAACAGACAAACCUCAGUGUACAAUUUUGAAAGAAGUGUCACGUCAUUGUCAGUAUGAUUUAUAAAGUAGGCUCUGAUCAUGCUCCACUCCAGUUUCCUUUGAAAUACUUCCUUUAUGGACAGUGCUUUUUUUCUUUAAAUCCUGACUUCGUAAGAUUGUCAUAUAUUAAGCAUGGCAAAGUGUCCGUGUUGACUUCGGCUACAAGAUUUAUGUAUGUUCUUUGAGUUUAAAAGACCAAGUACUACUGUACAGGCACUUGUCUUAGAAGUAACUAAGUUAUAAACUUCUAGUGUUGAUAGGGAAACUGGUGUGUUCCUGUUAAUUUAAAAAUAAUUUAAAAGAGAGGCCUAAAAAUACCCUACCCUACAAUUUAAUUUAUGUAACAUUAGAAUUAUCGUUUGAAAAGUCAAAGAUUUCUCUGGACUUAGCUUCUGUUCCCCACUUGCUUGUUAUCCUGUCACUCUGUAUAGAACUUCAUAUUCCUUUUUUUUCCAUUCAGAGGACCAAACAUUUUUUAGAAUAAAGGAGGAGCUGUUAGUUUUGUAGCAAUCGAUGUUAAGGUAAUGAGAGUUUUAUUUGUUGAUUAAAAAAAAACUGAAAUAUUCUUCAUCUACUUGGACCGCAUUCUAUCUUUCUCAGUUCAUUGUAGUUCUGUCUUGUUCCUCGACUGCUAGAGUCUGGCCUCUGGCCAUCCUCAAGUGCCAAUAUAUGCCUGCAGGGUUUUUAAAAAAUGGUCUGGAGCAAUACACUUGAUCAUGCAUAAUAUUUCUGCAUCUGCAUCACAUCCAGCUCUCACAUUUGUUUAUGAAUAAUGCAAAUAAAGGAGGGAAAAUCUCCCCGAAACAUUCUCCUUCAGUGAUGGCUUGUGACCGAUUAGUGCCCGUAGUCCUGGUAGUGUGCACUGUGUCCACUUCCAGUUGCAGCGUCUGUGUGUUCUGGGCAGCUUCUCUGCUCAGUGCAACCCUGAGAUGGCUCCCCUGCCACCAGAGUGUGGUCUCUGGCCACCUCCUUCUCCUGUUCUAUAAGCCACGGAUGGUUUGUGUGUAGCAGGAGUUAGUCUGUGGUGGGUGUGUGUGUGUGUGUGUGCACUCACGCACAUGCAAGUGUUUGCCAACUCAGGACCUGUCUCCUCCCUGCCUGGCUAGUGAGAGGUGGGACAGGAAAUGUUCCCCCUUGCUGGCCUCAGCAAGGCCCUAGUGAGUGACUGGCCUGUAUUUCCGGGCCACUUUUCCCCUGAAGACACAGGCUUCUUGCCUAUGGCCAGUUGCCCUGAUGGAGGAGAACACUGGAUUAUGGGAAAUGUUUUGUUUUUCUAUUUGUUGUUUUUUUUGUUGUUCUUUUUUUUUUUUUUUUUUGGCCACACCCGGCAGUGCUCAGGGGCUACUCCUGGCUCUGUACUCAGGAAUCACUCCUGAUUGGCUCGGGAGACCAUUUGAGAUGUCACGCAUCGAACCCGGUUGGCUGUGUGUAAGCUAAGUGCCCUCCCUCCUCACUGUGCUAUCACUUUGGCUCCCAAUGGGGAUUUUUUUAUUUGUUUCGGACCACACAUGGCGGUGCUCAGGGGGUUACUCCUGGCUAUGCACUCUGGCUUCAUUCCCGCUGGGGACCAUAUGGAAUGCCAGGGAUGGAACCUGGGUCAGCCAUGUGCAAGGCAAUUGCUCUCUCUGCUGUGCUGUCUCUCUGGCCCCAGGGAAAUGUUUGAAUCACCUUUGCCAUUAUUUAUGUCUGUUAAUGUAAAUGAAAAGCUGUUAUUGGUCACUGUAGGUGUCUCCCAGGACAACUUUUCAAGAUUAUCUCGUAAUUCUUAUUUUAAUUGCUUUUAUUAUUAGGGAGAUUGCAGAUAGUUUUGGCAAAGCAUCAAUGAAAGAAGAAAGGUAUAUUUUCCACUGGGAAGAAUUAUAUGAUUUCGUUUUAAAUUAUGGUUAAACAUUUCAGUAGUUCAUAGCUAUUGUGAAAAUUGGUAGCCAAUAGUCUUGCAUUGAAGGCACUCAUUUUCAUGCCAGAGGAGAAGAAAUUUUAUUUAGCACUAUUUUCUCAGAUCAGAUUGUUGAGAGGGAGUGUGGCAACUUCAAGUGAAUAUUGUUCGGUCAGUAACAGACACUCACUGUUAAUUGCUCCUGUCACAAGCUGCCCUCCAUGAUGCUAGAGGAACAGGUAAAAACCACCUGGAGAGCUGUGCACUGAGUGCAGAAGAACUUAAUUUUAUGUUAUUUACUAUUUUUAAACAAAAAAAAAAAAGACGACCACCACUUGAUUAGCUAGACAAAACAUAUGAGUGAAAUCUGCAAAUUGCAUUUAAAAUAAAACCAUUUUUAAAAGUAUAAACCUAUCUCCCCUCUGCAUUUUCAGCAACAUAGAGUCAAGUCUUAAAAUGUGCUUGCUUUAUUUUCUCUGGUAAUUUCAGAUUUUGUAGCUUUGAAAAUCAUUGUUCUGUUAAGCAGGCAACUCAACUCCAGUGUAUAAAUGCAACUUUAUUAAGCAAAAUGCUCUGUAGAUGCUUUUCCCAAUAUAUCUGGCAGUUUGUUGUUGUUCAUCUGGGGAAAAUGGGGAAUUAGGCUAGUAAUUCUAAUGUAACAUUCUUUGAGUAUACCUUAAUAUAGUAUUUAAGUAAAUGGUCUAAUUUCUACAUAAUUAUUGCACUGAACUGUCUUUUGUUUUGUUUUUUAAAGAUUGAAUAAGUCAGCUAAUUCAAGACACGAGCUACUUGUGUAUCAGAGUGCUUGAAUUUAGUAGCUUACAACAUUAUUUAUGAAGGAAAAAUAUAUAAAUAUGAAGUACCUCAUGUUGAAUGUUAUUGUACUGUAUUUUUAAUGUAACAGUGCAGAUCUUGUUAGACACAUGAAUGUGUAUAAUCCUGUUAAAUGCAAAUAAAAAUAAAUCUGGUUCAUAA